UUCACACAUCACUCUCCAACUGAGGUUGCCUCGUAGAUACAUACUGAUUUAUAUUGUUUGAAACUUACUUUCUACAGAAUUUCCCUUUAUUUAAAAAGUACUUUCUCCGCUCUCUGCUUUUUUUGCUGCUAAUAACUCUCUCACCAAGACUAAUGUAACCUUACGAACAGGUGUCUUGUUGGAUGACAGACUACUCAUCUGUCUUUGAAGUGUUUGAGGAGAGCUACAUCUGAACUUGAAGAUCGGAUUUUAGAAAUAUAUGGAUGAUAUGAAAUAACCGAGGGUUUUUUUUAGACAGUGAGAUGAACAAACAACCACUUAUUUCAAGGUCUUUGGAUUUAUUUGAAUGCUCUGAUCAUUACGGGAGAAGUGCAUCAGAACUGUCAAAUAAAGGCGCUUUUUCCAGGUACAAUCACUCUCCUGGAAUCAUUAUCAUCAUGGAUCGUCUGUAAACCUCAUUGUGCAGCAGGUAGCCGAACGAAUGCAGCAAACACACACCUUUGCUCUUCAGUAAUGAGUGACAGCUCUCUGACAUCUGAGAACGUCAUGUUUCAGGAGCUGACUGCAGAUGCUCUGAACGGCAGUUGUGACUCUACCAUGCCCAUGUGUAACAAUGAUACAGGUGAAGCGGCAUUGCAGCUGCCCACCUUUUCCAUAGCAGCCAAAGUGAGGGUGAUAAUUACCUUCACUCUUUGCGCAGUAUCAGCUGUGUGCAACCUCGCCGUGCUGUGGGCUGCCAGCACCAAUAACAAGCGCAAGUCCCAUGUGCGGAUUUUAAUCAUGAACCUCACCGUCGCUGACCUCCUGGUGACUUUCAUUGUGAUGCCGGUGGAUGCUGCUUGGAACAUUACGGUUCAGUGGCUGGCUGGGGACCUGGCUUGCAGAUUUUUAAUGUUUCUAAAGCUUGUGGCUAUGUACUCCUGUGCAUUCGUGACUGUGGUCAUAAGCCUGGAUAGGCAGUCGGCCAUCCUCAACCCUCUGGCCAUCAAUAAGGCUAAAAAGAAGAACAAAGUAAUGCUGAGUGUGGCAUGGGUGAUGAGUUUUGUUCUCUCUGUCCCUCAGAUGUUUCUGUUUCACAAUGUGACCAUCACGGUGCCAGCCAAUUUCACUCAGUGCACCACCCGCGGGAGCUUUGUGAAACACUGGCAGGAGACCAUUUACAAUAUGUUCACUUUCAUUUGCCUCUUCCUGAUACCUCUGGCCAUCAUGAUCUGCUGCUACACGAGGAUCUUGGUGGAGAUCUCCCGAAGGAUGUCCAAAGGAAACAUCUCUUCAAAGGAAAUCCACUUACGGCGUUCCAACAGCAACAUCCCAAAGGCCCGUAUGAGGACUUUGAAAAUGAGCAUCGUCAUUGUGACGUCUUUCAUAGUUUGUUGGACACCGUACUACUUGCUGGGUCUCUGGUACUGGUUCCUUCCUGAUGAUUUAGAAGAGACCGUUUCUCACUCGCUGACUCACAUGCUGUUUAUUUUUGGACUUUUUAAUGCCAUUCUGGAUCCCAUCACUUAUGGCCUCUUCACCAUCCAUUUCCGCAAAGGACUGAAGCGUUACUGUCGCAACGCGGCUGUGCUUGCAGAGUCAGAAAAUAACUCCAUCGUGACGGGCUCAUUGAAAUGCUCACCAUCUCCGUUUCACAUGAAAAGAGUGACCCAGACGAGUCCGGGAGCUAACCCAGAGCAGAAUAUGGUGAGUGGGGAAGAUAAGAAGCCAGCUGACCGUAAAAACAAGGAAUAGUGGCAACCCUACCAAUUCAGCCUUGAAAGUUUGUCAUUUGAUUAGAGAUACGGAUGUGACAAGGCAGGUCUUGUGCUGGCUGUCUAGCUGCUCACAAGAACAAUGGGACAACAACACACACUGCCUGCUCUCCUCAACAGGAUGCGUCACAUCUUUUGAUUCAUUCACUGAUGAGCUGCGUAAAUUACUCAAGUUAUAUUUAAUACCCAUUUAUUUUCCUGAUUCAGGUGAUUACAUUUUGUAAUCAUUUUUUCCCUUUGCUUAAUAUGCCAAUCAUGUUUGUUUUUUUCUGCAGAUUAAUUAGAACGUUGCGACUUGUGGCUUUUGUUGAAAAUGUCAUUUACAUCAAGGGUUUUUAUCUCGUACAAAUUCAUAUUUCAGCAUCUCCACCUGCCAUCACAAAGGGCAUCGCUCUUGAAUGGCUUGUUUGUGAGGAAAUUACUUUCAUAAACAAAUAAGAUGUGUGAAUUUAGCGUUUUGAGAUAUUACAUGCAUAAUAAUGAACAUUGGUUCUUGAUUAGGUUCCUGGUGGAAAUGUUCAAUAGUACCACUUCAGGAAUCCUAAACCAGCCUCUUAAUAUCGGUUAAUGUGUAGACUUUAAUGGUAUCGGUUAAUGUGUAGACUUUUUAUUCAAUAGAUUCAGAAUCACAGCCUCAAGAGGUCCAGCAUUUGAAGUCUGUGAUAUUAUUACAGGGCAGCCUGAUCUCAUAAGAAUCUAUAUUUCAAAUGUGGCCAGGGCACCAAUUGCAUAGUCCUGAAUGUGGCGUUUACGUGCUCGCAUAUAGGCUGUUAUGUCGUGCAAAAAAUGGAUGUUUUGACAGCAUCUAAAAUCUAAAAGUAAUUAUUCAUCUUUCUGAAUCACUGUAAAAAAUAAUCCUGUAAAAAAAACGGUAAACUACUGGCAGCUGUG